AUAACCCGUAAUUAAAUAUUAGUUUUUAACUUUUUAUCCAUUUUAUCAAAUCUUCUUCUCCCUUUUGUUCUCUUUGUCACGACAGUUGACCAAUCAGCCCCACUCUUCAAACCCACGUCUCAGCGAUUCGCCAUCUCUCGCUCGGCGAGGAUAGAGCACAAAGAGACGAAUCCUUCAAAUCCGGCCUUUUCUCCCUGCUCCAUUUCUGUGUUUGCGUGCGCGCGGUAGAGAGAAGAUAAGAAAAGCUUGACCGAGAGAAAAUGUCGUUCGAGGAGGACGAAGACUCGUUCGAGCACACCCUGCUGGUGGUCCGGGAGGUGGCGGUGUACAAAAUCCCUCCGCGCUCCACCUCCGGGGGUUACAAGUGCGGCGAGUGGCUGCAGUCGGACAAGAUCUGGUCGGGCCGGCUCCGGGUCGUUUCGUGCAAGGACCGGUGCGAGAUCCGGCUGGAGGAUCCGAACUCGGGGGAUCUGUUCGCCGCCUGCUUCGUCCCGCCGGGGCAGCGGGAGACGUCGGUGGAGCCGGUGCUGGACUCGUCGCGCUACUUCGUGCUCAAGAUCGAGGACGGCGCGGGGAAGCACGCCUUCAUCGGGCUGGGCUUCGCCGAGCGGAACGAGGCCUUCGAUUUCAACGUGGCCCUCUCCGAUCACGAGAAGUACGUCCGGAGGGAGCACGAGAAGGAAGCCGGGGAGACCAGCGCCGACGGUGCCGCCGACGGGAUUGACAUCCAUCCCGCCGUAAAUCACCGGCUCAGGGAAGGGGAGACCAUUCGGAUAAACGUAAAGCCGAAGCCGACUAGUGGAACCGGUAUGCUGUCGGCUGCGGGAUUAGCCGGCGGGACUACGGCGACCGGGAAGGCUAAAACGUUGAGCCUUGCCCCACCGCCGGUUGCGGCCGGCAAGAUUAGGUCGCCGUUGCCGCCUCCACCGAAUGACCCGGCGGUUGUUCGUACAAGUACAGCUGGUGGGAGGGCAGCCAAGGACAGUAGCAAUACUAGCAACAGGAGCUCUACAGAUUCGUUGUCAGAUUUUUCACAGCUUGAGAGGAAUCUCCCACCAGCGACGAAGGCAUCAACAGGAGGAGAAAAGACGAAAACUGCAUCAGGAUGGGCGGCCUUCUAAGGUUUAGACACAUGAAUUCUCUGCUGCUGAAGUAAAUGGUGGCGAUGGUGUCUGUGACUUGGGUUGGUUACCUGUUUAUUACUGUGAGAGUGAGUUUUUGAUGGUAUGAUUUCCCCUCCUUUUUGGGUUCCAUUUUAGUGAGAAGAAAGGGCAAACAAAGGGAAAAGAGAGGUGAUGAUUUGAGAGUUGUGAACCUGCCUUGCCUGUCAAGGAAGGAAACAAGAGAAAAGGGCGGUGAAGUGUAACUAGCUAGUUAAUGUUCAUCCCAUUCCCAGGGCGAUGGUCGUGUGGAAUAAGUGUUCGAUGGAAAAGGGUAUCAAAUCCAUAAGCUCAAGCUUUGGACUUUCUGGUUAACGAUAAGUAGCAACUGUUUUAGUAUCUUGUAUCUUUACACUCAAAAUUUUGAAUUGCCAAAGUGAAGUAGUCUCCGUUAUAGAGAUACGACGCUUAUGUGCUCUACAUUGGUCUACCUGCGUCGAGCACGAGUC